UCUUUGUGAUGCGCUACGGAGAACAGCUGCGCGGUCCUCGAAAGUAUAGAAAACAAUUUUAAUACCACGUAAAAAGUCGACAUAAAUCAACUUUGUGAAUUUAAUUUAGAUACUCUUUGCAUAUUUGUUUGGAUUUAAGUCAAUAACAUCCAUGCAACGCCAGACAGAUGAGCAAACAGUACUUGGCAUACCCAAAGAUUAUUCUAUUUAUGCACUAUGCAACUACAUGAAUACACUUACGACAUCAUGGGAAUUGGCAUAUAUCAUGUCGGUGGAGGAGGGCUUAAUAGCAAAACUUGUGGCCAAAAACAAAGGAAGAUUUUGGAUCGGAUAUUUUCCAGAUGUGUUACCGUAUCCUUAUAGAAAUGUACGUUUCGUAAAGGAUCCAGAAGAAGAGGAUGAAGAUUACCGACAAGAACUCGAACGAGCUUUGGAAAUAGUGCAGGAAGAGGAAGAGGAAGAGGAAGAGGAAAACGAAGCAGUAGAGGAAGAAGAACAAAGAAACGAAGCAGUAGAGGAACAGGAAGAAAGAGACGAAGCAGUAGAGGAACAAGAACAAAGAAACGAAGCAGUAGAGGAACAAGAACAAAGAAACGAAGCAGUAGAGGAACAAGAACAAAGAAACGAAGCAGUAGAGGAACAAGAAGAAAGAAACGAAGAUGCAGAAGACGAGAACGAAAAAGAAGCAGAAAAAGAAGCAGAAAAAGAAGAAGAUGAAGAAAAACUAGAAGAAAACGUAAAAGAGGAAGAGCCACACGAACUUGGUCUUUUCUUAAAUAUGCCAAAUAAAAGUUUGAAUCCGAUUUUUCUUUCUCUAGCGAAACAUUCCAUGCGCUUAAAUUCUAUUGUCGCAGAUAAUUGGGCAGAAAUGUUAAACGUAUUUUCAAUCUCUGAAGAUUUUGUCUCCCAAUUCGGUGCAAACGAUUUUUGGGACUUUUGUGUAAUAGUCGGUCGAUAUGUGGAAACGUUGAAAUUCAAUAGUGUUUUCAGAGUACACAAGGAGGACUUGGAGAGAUACAAUGAAAAUCCGCAAAAAUAUUUACGAAAUAAAAUACGUUACAUAAAUGUGCUAUUCCAUCGGCAUCUGGUGCACUUUCCAGUGGCGAGAACCGUACAAGUUGAGGGUAGUUUUCUCAAUGACUUAACCAUUGACGCUUUGGCACGUUGCUGUCCAUUAUUAAAUGAGUUGAAAUUGCUCGAUCCGUAUAAUGGAGAAAUUACAGGUGAUAACUUGAAAAUGUUAUACAAUUUGGAAGUGCUCGAUUUGCGUGUGUGUCCGAAUUUGGAUGCCAAAAAAGUUGAGGAAGCUUGUAAAGUGCUGCAACUGCGCGAGCUGCAUAUUGUGGAGUGUCGAAAACUGUGUAAUGCACCAACAAUUCGGCACAUAAUAGCACACCAGCACAGUACAUUGACACAUCUCUCGUUAACAGCAAUUCCAGAUGCGGGUGCGAUAAUGUUAAUUUUGAAGAUUACAAAAUUGAAGAAAUUGAAAUUUUAUUGGUUGAAUGAUUUUUUGGAAUUUGAAAAAAUCUUUUAUACGCAACUCGCGACGGUACGACCAACGGCAUUGCAUCGCAUUUGCUGUGAAAACCAGCCACCUUUUAUGAUUAAUCAAUCGCACCUUCGUUGGGGUGCGGGUAAAUAUACAAAAAUGCGUGAAAUGGCUGCUAUUGAAGGACCUCCGUGGCUAUGGAUGAAAUGCCAUAAAGAAACGCAACUAUUGUGGUCCGCUUGCACGUCAUUAGUAUCAAUCGUCUGUCUGUAUUGUCGUGUGUUAUCGAAAAAACAACUUUUGAUAUUACCAAGAGUAUGCAAAUCUUUGAAAGAGAUUCGAUUUGUAGGUUGUCGCAAGCAGUCCGAUGAAUAUUUACUGAAAUCUUGGCAAAAACUGCCAUACUCCAACUGCUCGCUGAAUAUUGAGGGUGAAUUGGAUUGGCCUGCAGUGCUGGAUUUGAAGGAAGAAACAGAACUCAAAUUGGGAAAUCUUUAUCGCAGUAUCGAGUGCGAAUUUAUUCCAUGAAUAUUUUUUUUUUGCUUCAUAGUAUAUAAGUAUGUACAAUAGCAUAUGUUUAGAGUAAAGUUGAUGUGUUUUUGCUAUUAUUGUAUAAUUUUGGAAUAAUUGGUUUCUGGAAAACUUAAAGAUGCUUCGUAGAAACGGGUUAACUGACUUUAAAAUGUCCAAAAAAUAUUGUAUAAAUUCUGCAAACAAAUGUUUUAGAAUAAUAAGAAAGUAUAAAAGAGCAAAAAAAU